CGUCCCCUCAUGUGGAGCAGGAAAAAGUGCUGAAACCAGCCAGGUUCCUUGCUCCUAGUCUUCUACAGACUGAAGUACACUGUCAGAUAGUAUGAUCGACUGCUAGCGGCGAAGAUGGAGGCGGAGUGGGAUUCGGACGGCGAGGGCAAGCGAUGGAGUCUAGGCCCGGCGUUCGACGACGCGGGCCAGCUGUCGGACGACGAUCUUCUUACUGACCUUGAAAGUAGUACCGCCGUUAGAGACGAGAAUGUUAUUACUGGCCUCGCUGGUGGUACCGCCGUCAGAGACGACGACCUUCUGACUGACCUCGAGUCCGCCAUCAACGGCGACUUCGCUAAUGAUGUCACCGGUAGAAUCGAGGCCCAAGCUAUCGAUGGAGCCGGUAGCAGCGGCGUGCGGGUCAACCGCACGUUAGACAUCGAAGGCGCUUCAAACCUUAGCAGCGCGUUAGGGCCUAACGGCGCGUUGGGCUGUAGUAACGACAAAACUGAAACUCCUGAUCGACCAGCUGGUAACGCGGGAGGCAUCGACGGCGGAGCUGCCAGCCUAAGCGCAGGGAACGGGGGAACACAGGCGCAGCGGAACUUCGCGGGAGCCAGCGGGCGGGGUGAGGCGGGGGAACAGGUCGGCGCAGAGCACACGCGCGGAACGACAGAUGUGGCGCCAGUGGCGGCUGAACUGGCGGCGCAAAGGGAGGAGCGGAUUGCAGAGUCGACUGAGCAGGCAGUAGGAUCAGGCGCUUAUGAAUCAGCGGCGGACGGGGCGGAGGCGCGCGCAGGCGCAGGCGGGGACGCGGGGUCGGGCCGCGCAGCAGCAGAGGAGCCGGCGGGACGAGGAUUGGGAAGCGGAAUUAGGGAAAGGGAAGGCACGGGACGCGCAGAGAACGCGGGCGACGGCGGUAACGCAGCGGGUGUAGACGAGGGCAGGGGAGGCCAAGGGAUGGGUGGCAGCGAGGUGAGCAGCGCGGCAGGCGGGUCGGGGGAGCGGCGGAUGAGCUUGAAGGAGACCGGGCGGAGCCGCGUGCGGACGGAUGCAGGUGAGGCCGUGGAGGCGGCGGCAGUAGAGGCAGCGGCAGGCGGUGGUGCUAGAGCCAGUGGUGGCGAUGCAGCCAACGGGAGUGGUAUUGCUGGUAAUAAACUGGGCGACAAGGGGAGAGCAGCGGUUGGAAGGGCACAGGGGGUGGUUGGGCGGUCUCCUUCAGAGGAGAGGAGGAGGGCGAGCACGGGCAGUCCGGGCAGCAGAGGGAGGUCAGACAGCCCUGCCAGCAGGGGCAGCCCGGGCAGCUUGGGCAGUGCGAAAAGAGCGGAUUGGGCGAGCGGGAUUGGCCCACUGACCAGCAGUUUCAGCCCGGAGUUAGCGGGCAGGAAGGCAGCGGGAGGGGGGCUGGGAGAAAUGGGGUCUUUGUCUUUGGACCGCCACAGCAUAGCCGUGACUGGCAGGUGGAGUGACCCCGGGGCAGACGAGAGAGCAGGAGGAGGGGGCGGUGGACGAAUAAGUCCCAGUCGCUCGGCCUCAACAGCAGCGUCAGCAGCAGCGGCAGCAGCAGCGAAAGCAACCAAUGCAAGUAUGGGUGCCAAUGCAAGUGCCAGUGCGAGUGCGAGUGCUCGCAGGCGCAUUGCCUUUGGCAGCAGUGUGAGCUUCAACGCCGCUGCCUCUUCCUCCUCCUCGCCCCCUUUCUCCUCCGCCGCUGCCCCCACAGCUGCCUCUCUUGCCAGGCGCGCUGCCAACCUGCGCUCCCACCUUGCCUCUCUCACCUCCUCGCCCACUUUCACAGUACCAUCUACUGCCACUGCCACCGGCCGUGCUGCUGCUGCUGCUGCUGUUGCCACACGUGGUAGCAUGGGUUCAGGGGGCAGAAGUGCCUCUGCCUCUCACUCUGCCUCCGCCUCUCCGUCCGCGCCUGCCUCUGCAUCCCCCUCUGUGUCCAGCAGUCCUGUCGUUGCUCCAACACCCGCUUCCUCUGUGCCCUCACUUCCUGCUGGCUUCUUACCCGGCAGAAAGGAGGGCAUGAGGGGCAAUUCCCCAGCUGUCAACAGUGCUUCUUUCUCCUCUGUUCCCUCCCAUGAUGUGGUCGCUACUGCUACCGUCCCUGCUGCUGCUGCUGCUGCUGCUGCUGCCACUGCUGCUGCAGCUGCUGUUGAGGAUGGUGGCUCAGCGGGUGCCACUGCGACUGCUGUACACGAGGGGGAAAGCGUUGCGUUGGAGGAGGGGAGCGACGUGGGCAGGGGCGUGGAAGAAGAGGAGGAGGAAAGAGAGGAAGAAAGAGAGGAGGGAAGAGGGGAGGAGGGAAGAGAGGAAGAAAGAGAGGAGGGAAGAGAAGAGGAGGGAAGAGAGGAGGAGGAAAGAGAGGAGGUGGGAAGAGGGGAGGAGGAAAGAGAAGAGGAGGAAAGAGAGGAGGAGGAAAGAGAGGAGGAGGAAAGGGAGGAGGAGGAAGGGAUAGUGUUAGAGGAAAUAAGAGAGGAGGAAGGCACAGAUGAAAGCGUGCCAGAGACAGCAGAGGUCCCAACGAAAGCAGCAGCAGCAGACCGGGCUUCAAUACCGUGCCCGCGCAGCCCUCUGGCAGAAGGUGCGGCUGCACCAGAUGCUCUGCACUCAUCGCCAGCAAUGCUGCCACCACCACCGCCAUCCCCACCAGCAGAAGAGGCCGGCGCUGCAAUACCCCCCUCGCACAGCCCGACAGCUGCAGCUGCUGUUGCACCAGGUGUGACGUCAUUGCCAGAAAUACCAUCACCAUCACAAAUGCCAGCACAAACACCAGCGGCAGCAGCAGCGUCAUUACUAUCACCCUCGCGACGAACAGCAGGAGCAGCAGCAGGAGCAGCAGCAGGAGGAGCCACAGGUGCACUUCCAAUGCUAUCGCCACCAACAGCAGCGGCAGCAGCAGCGUCAUUGCGAUCACCCACGGCAGGAGCUGCAGGAGGAGGAGGAGGAGCAACAGCGGCAUCGUCACCAGCAUUGUCAGCAGGAGGAGGGGGAGGCAGGCCACGGCUGUCGUCUAGAGAGCUGCGAGUGAUGCCGGGGCCCGAUGUGCGCGGCACAGAUGACACGCGCGCGGACCUGCGUUCGCAGCGCAUCAGAAGCCUCAUGGCCGACACGCUGCACCUGCCGCCUGCGGCUCAGUUUGUGUAUCUGAGGGGCAACCAGCUGGCAGCAUUGGACGGGAUUGAGCGAGUGAAGAGAGUCAAGGUGCUGGACGUGAGCUACAACCAGCUGGGCGACGCGUCACUGGCACCGCUGGCUGCUUGCACCGCACUGCAGCAACUCUUCCUGGCGGGCAACCGCCUCUCCUCCCUUGCCUCGCUGCCACGACUGCCCUCCCUCGAGUUCCUGUCCGUGUCUCAGAACGCCCUCUGCCUCCUUGACAUGCCCUCGCAGCCCAGACUCAAGGUGCUCACAGCCAGCAGCAACAGCGUCGCCUCCUUUGAAGGCUUUCCUCUCCUCCCUGCUCUAGAGCACCUGCGUCUGGACGACAACCCCAUAGAGGAAGCCCCUGCGCCUCACUUCGCUGCCAUCCUGCUGGCGGCCUCCUCGCUGCUCUCCUUCAACGCCUCAGCCAUAAGUGAGGAGGAGCGUGGGGCAGUGGAGGAGGCGGGGGGUGGGCAUGGAACCAUGUGUGUGCGCAUGGGGUGGCUGCCAGCUUCCGCUUCUAUUGGUGACAUCCCAGCCUCCCUCGUCUCCUUCCUCGCUGCGUCGUGGGCGCCCUUCCUCCCCACGGGCUACGCCCUCGCCUCGCUGCUGCUGGACCGCCCCAUUGAGGACUGCCCCUGCCACUGCCGCCUGCUGCUCCGGCGCAACAGUGGCGGUGGGCAGCAGGGGGAGGAUUGUGAGGAUGGGGAAGAAGGGGAGGGAGACUGGGAGAGGGAGCGGGAGGGAGGGGAGGGGGAGGCGGAGGGAGAGGGAGCAUUGGAGGCAUGGCCAUCGGGAGUGGUGGUGCGGUAUGAGUGGCUGCGGCGGGGCAAAGGGGCGACUGAGUUCAGCGCGAUCGAUGAUGCAGAGGGGGAGCUGUACACACCCACCUACUCGGACGUGCAUGCGUGCCUGGCGGUGCGCUGCACCCCGCUGCUCCAUGGCCGCCCCUGCACACCCCUCCUGCUCACCACGACGCCAGUCGCCCCCGGUCCCGGCAUCCCGCGAGUGCAGCACGUGUCGCUGGGAGGGGAGGCGGUGGAGGGGGGUGUGCUGACCGCCAUGGUGGAGGUGGGGUGGAGCUCGGGCGAACCGGGGCCCUGCCAGUACAGCUGGAGUCGCCUGGCCCCUUCUCACUCACAGGGAGCAGCAGCAUGGGAGGAGGUGCAGAGUGGGGGGGCGGAGUACCCCCUCUCGCUGCACGACGUGGGGUGUGUGCUGCGCCUCUCCUUCACCCCCGUGUCUGCCAGAGGGGUCAGGGGGGAGCCCGCCUCGGUCACUUCUCUGCCCAUCGCUGCUGCCCCCCCCCAGGUGCUGCAGGUGGCGGUGGAGGGGGAGGCGCUGCUGGGGGGGGUGCUGCGCGCCAGAGGCACGUACUUUGGGGGGGCGGAGGGGAGCAGCGUGCUGCAAUGGUUCCGGGAGGAAGGGGAGGCGGGGGAGGAAGGCGCAGGGGAGGGGGGAGGAGGGGAGGGCGAAAGAGGGGAAGGGGAAGAGAAUGGGGCAGGAAUCGGAGGCGGGGAUGCUGUGGUUGGUGCUGGUGGCAGAGGCCAUGUGAGGCUGGUUCCAGUGGGCGAGGGCCCGCAGUACGAGGCACAGGCGGGCGAUGUGGGGCGGUGCCUGCUGCUGCGAUACACGCCAGUCGCCUCCUCAGGGCUGAUAGGAGAGCCCGUGACGGCGCGCUCGCCCAUCAUCUGCUUGCCCCUGCCCCGAGCGAGUGACGUGACGAUCGAGGGGCCGCUGGUGGAGGGCGGGGAGGUGCGGGUGCGGGCGCGGCUGCAGUGGGCGGACGAGGGGCGCUGCGAGGUGGCGUGGUUCUUCACCACCACGCCACAUGCGCUCUCCACGGCCGACUUGCAGCCCAUCACAGCAGAGCGACCCAACUGCAUGUCCCUCACAGUGCCUCUCGAGGCCAUUGGCUCCCACCUGGCGGUGCGUCUGGUGCCGGUGCGGGCGGAUGGGGUCAAAGGCAGGCCCGUGGUGGCUGUGUCCUCUGCUCCAGUCCAAGAGGGCGAGCCGCAGGUGUUGAGUGUGGACAUGGAGGGCGAGGAGGAGGAGGGGGGCGUGCUGGUGGGGUACUACACCUACCAGGGGGGCGCCGAGGGGGACUCCCUGCUCGAGUGGUACCGCUACCCGGACGAGGAUGGCCAGCCGGGGCAACACGGCGAGCUAGUGGAGGACGAAGACAGUGACCGGAUGGCAGGCGGCGGCAUGAGUCGGCACGUGCCAACCGCCAGCGACGUGGGCGGCUUCCUCUCCUUCCGCGUCACGCCCGUCCGAUCAGAUGGCGCCACUGGCGCCCCCCAGGCCGUCUGCACGGCCGGCCCGAUCCGGGCGGCGCUGCCGUCUGUUAGUGACGUGUGGGUGGAGGGCGAUCUGGUGGAGGGCGGGCGGCUGGUGCCCAGGUGGACGUAUGCGGGGCAGGCAGGGCAGUACCCGCAUCCAGUGAUGCUACCCGACAUGAGUGACAAGCGCCGCAUGCACCCUUCCAAGCUCACCCACCCUGCAGCAGCAGGCGCGGUGGGGGGGGAGAGGGGCACGGAGCAGGGCGAAGGGGAGGGAGGGGAGGAGGAGGAGGGGAUGCGGGUGGUGGGGGAGGAGGUGGGGCGCGUGGUGGCGGUGGUGUGCGUGCCGGUGAGGGACGACGGGGAGGAGGGCGCCGCUGUGGAGAGCGCACCUGUGGGGCCCGUCAUGGCAGCGCCCCCAGCCUGCGUGCACCUGGAGGUGGACGGAGACAUGUGGCACGGAGGGCAGCUCUCCUGCCGGGCGCGAUACCAUGGCGGGCAGCAGGGCGAGAGCAGGGUGGCGUGGGUGAGAGUGACGCCCGCAGGAGAGGAGCAGCUGGUUGGGCGGCAAGCCUCCUACACACUGACAGCAGACGACGUAGGGUGCAGAAUGCGAGUGGAGUUCACACCCGUCAGGGCCGAUGGGGUGGCUGGGGAGAUGGCUGCUCUCACCACCCGUACAGUCACACCAGACCAACGCGUGUGCAUUGCAGUGCUGGAGGGGGGCGUGCUGCAGGCGGGAGGGGAGUUGCUGGAGCGCGCUGCAGGGGGGGAGGGCGGAGGGGGAGAGGGCGGAGUGGGGGAGGGGGAGGUGUGGGUGGUGUGGUACAGGCGGAGACAGGACGGGAGGAUGGUGCGGAUAGACGGGGCUACAGGGCUGACCUACGUGCCUCAGGAGGCCGACUAUGGCUGCUGCGUGGUGGCGGGCUGUCGCCCGCGGCUGCCCGAUGGCACGUGGGGCGACGAGGUGCUUUCGGCUCCCGGGCCCAUCGUGUUGCCAGAGCUGUCGGACGAGGAGGCGGUGUCGCUGGAGGUGCAGGGGCGGGCAGAGGUGGGAGCCGUGCUGCACGCCGUGCAUGCCGUGUCGCCCGCGCUGGAGCCCUUCGUCACGGCCGUGCACGUACAGUGGUGGCAGGCCAGCAGUGGCUCUGACUCGCACCAACCAAUAGACGGUGCCACGUCACCGCAGUUACCAGUGGCAGCGUGCCACGUGGGCGCGUACCUGCUGUGCUCCGCCACGGUGCUGGACUCGUUCGCCCGCUCCUUCAACUCCGUCGCCACCACCGCCACCCCCGUUGUCGCCGCUUCUGCCGCUCCUGUCAAUGCCACUCCCAUCUCCGCCACCCCGCUAUCACCAGCCCUUGUUGCUGCGGUCCCUGUUGCGGGUGGCGCCGCCGCUCCCACCACCCCAUGCACUGCGGAUGGGCUGCCUGCCUCUGACCCCGCUGUGCCUGCUCCCCCUGCCGCCGCCGCUGCUGCUGCUGCCGACACUACUGUGAACGCCGCUGCUGCAGGUGCGGAUAAGGCGGCUGGCAUGCAGAGGGCGCAGCAGCAGCAGCAGCAGCAGCAGGAGGAGUACGGUGGUGGUGGCGAGGGGGAGACGCUGCUGGAGGGUGGUGAGAGGGGGGUGCAUGGCGGUCACGAGCAAUGGCGUGCACACAGGAGAGGGGGUGAGCGGGAGGGAGGCCAUGUGGAGGGAGGAGGAGGCGAACGGGAGAGCAGGGUAGGGGCAGAGGCCGCAGCGGCUGAUGGAGCCCUGCGCAUAUCUGGAGGCCCCUUCCACACGUCGCUCUUCCACCUGCACCUGCCAGCAGCGCCCCCCGCCCCCGCAUGGCUGCGCCUCUCCUCCUGCGCCAUCCAGUGGUUCCGCGUGCCUCCAGGGGGCUUCCAUGCGCUGGACCCCCACGCCAUACCAGGUGCCACCGGCACGACCUACCAUGCUGACGUGGCAGACUCACACCAGUGCCUGAUGGUGGAAGUGAGACCCCUGCACGCCCAUGGGGAUGCCUCUCAGCUUGACAGUGGCGCCGCCUCCCAGUCGCAGGGAGGCCGCAGGGAGGAGGUGCUGCGAGUGCUGUCAGAGCAAGUGCUCGUCGACCCCGCAGUGGCGCGCGACGUGGACCUCAUAGUGGCGGCUGGCGGCACCAAAGUGGAGACACAUGAUGUUGGCCGGUCGGGGCGCAGGGAGCACCGAGUGGUGGACGCCAAUAGAAAGCGGUUCAAAGUGGUGAAGCUCACUGCCUUGGCUGCCAUCAGCAGAGUGGAAGUCAGGGCCACCUACGACCCUCCCUUCAGGGUGGAGACGGAGAGGGGGCAGCUCGAGCACAUGCGCAUAGUGGUGAGCACGGAGAAGGAGGUGGAGCUCACCCUGCCGUCGCAGCGAGCGCGCGACGUGAUGGUGCUGUGCCUGCGCGCCUUCGUGCAGCUGCACCGCACCGCCAAGCACCACUGAUGGGGACAGCACCACCACACAACCCCGCACGCUGCUAGGCAACACUACAACAAAGCCACCGUGUUGCACCGUGCAGCACCGCACACACAAGUGUUGCUGGUGAUGCCGUCCCUGCGGCAUGGCCUCAGUUGUGCCAAGGUGGCCGCUGGGCUGAAUAAGCGUCCCAACGCUCCCAGUGCACCGUGCACCAUGCACCAUGCACCAUGCACCAUGCACCAUGCACCAUGCACCAUGCACCAUGCACCAUACACCAUGCACCAUGCACCAUGCACUAUGCCCAUUCUGCUGCUGCUCAUGCAGAGAGGAGCCUCAACGGGCAGGCAUUAGCGCCUGUCCUUGCUCCCCAAGGUCAGAGGGAGGGAGCUUAGGAACAGCCAGAGCAGUUUGAUUGCCUUCAGAUUCAGAUGGAUGUGGUAA